AAACACUAUCAGUUUCCUUUAAAGUUCUCAGUUAUCUAGUCUACUGUCUAUUUUAUUUAAAUCUUCCAAAAAAAGAAAAUAAUGCUCAGUGCUAAGAAACUCAUCAAGAUGGCCAAGAAAUGGCAGAAGUUUGCAGCAAUGCAGAGGAAGAGAAUUACUUUUUCAAGAUCCAAUGACCAUGAUGCUGAUAGUUGUAGCACAUCAUCCUCAGUAGUUGACAAAGGGCAUUUUGUGGUCUAUUCAGCUGAUGAGAAGCGCUUUGUGGUUCCUUUGGCUUAUCUACAAAAUGAGGUAAUCAUACAACUACUGAACAUGUCUGAAGAUGAGUUUGGACUCCCAACUGAUGGCCCUAUUACAUUACCAUGUGAUGCCGUCUUCAUGACCUACAUCAUAACACUCAUCAGAAGAGGAGUAUCUGUAGAUCUUCAGGGUGCUUUGCUUGUAUCAGUUGCUUCCAGUCGAUGCUCAUCAGCUCCGGGCCUACGGGAACAAAGAAACACACAAUUGCUUGUUUAUUGACCUGACCAUCAUAAGUUUUGUAACAGAUUCAUGAUAUUCAACUGAUCAUGAUAAGUUUGUUGGGUUUUGGAUGUGUUUAAUUAAUA